GAUAAAUUUUUUUUUCAGAAUGAAUAUAAGAGUUUUAUCUCUCGCACAAACGAAACGUUGUUAAAAAAAGAUAUAUGUUUAAUCGAGGAAUAUUUAGAAUAUCGUUCUAUCUUUGUAGGCUCCAUGAUUUUACAUCGUGUUACGAGGAAUCUAGCUUCCUGUAAUCCGUGAGAAAGGAGAAAUAAGCAUGAUAGAGUUGCUGACGAGACGCGUUGCAAAGGGUCGAUCUAUCGCGCCUCGCAUAGGUAAAUCCUACUAGGCCGGCUGUGCGUGUGCACGACGACUUCGUCGUUCUUCUUUCGUCGACGUUGAGCGACGACGUCACGGUUCUAUUUCUGGCAGCGUGGACGCAGCGAUAUCUUUAGAGCGACCAUCGGGUACAGCCCGUUUCCGAGCUUUCCUUCCUUUGAAAACGUGUGCCAGUUGACGAGAGAAGGCGCGAGACGGAGAUGAUUUAUACCGGUUAAAUCGGACCACCCCUUUCGUGUCCUCUCUUUCCGCGAGCAUGGUGCUUUUAAUAUUUUGUUACUACUACUACUACUAUACUAUUACUGCUACCAUAUGCGAGUACUAAUUUCAUCCAAAACGCGGUGUCCAACACAAGAUAGACACCUUAUGGUGGAAACUCGGUUCGGAUUUAGAAGCGUUCUAAAAAUCGCUUGUUUGAUUUUGCUAUCUCGCGGGAUAGGAUCAAAGCGUGAUGCCGACGGAAAUAUCAGCUCUUAUUGUCGAGCUAUUGAUUAGCCGAUUAAAAGUCUAAUUUGAAAAGAGAAGAUAAUUUCAGGCCGGAGGAGAGAGGAAGAGAGAGAGAGAAACGAGCGAGUCUAGAAAUGAAUCUCUAGACAUAAAAAUUGUAAUGAAAUGAUGAGGAGACGAUUCGAGUUUUACGAUAGAUAAAUAUUCGGGCACUUUAUAAAGUUGAAACGAUGUGAAAACAGAAGCCGCAGAUUCGACUAUGACACAAGAUUGUUUGUAAAUUUCAUGAGCAAAGAUUUAUGGAGAAGGUAAAUUAAUUUCUCUCUCGAGUGCUAAUGGAAAAAUGGAGCGAGGCAACAAGGCAAAUUCCAAGGCGAUUCCGGAAGUGGAAUCGUUGCAAAUUUUUAAUCGACCUAUAAUCUCUAAAUAAAGCGAACGUGUCCUUUGCCGGCGGUGGCCGAGAAGCACUGGGCUCGUCGUCAUCUCGUCAGCUCUACAUUGAACUAUCUGUUGCCUCUGGACCGAUGCCAAACACCGAUGAGAAAGAACAUCAUGUACAGAUGAGGAUCGAAUGGAUGAUUUUCGUUCUUUAAUCGAUUUUCAAGCCCAAUCAUUAUCGGAGCAAUUAUCGUAUUUGAUAUGUAAAUCGUCUGGUCGCGCGAAUAAUACGAAGGACUAUACCUGGCCUCACGUGCUAGGUAUAUGUCAAACUGAACUGCCACCCAAGCCAGUUAAAGUUUGCGCUUGUACCGAUUCACCGCGAGUGCUUAAAGAGCUCCUGGAUGCGAGUCUCGAUCGGACUCAGACGAGACAGUUGUCAAAACCUAAGAUUUGUUCCAAGACUAGACCCAUUUUGCACGCAAUACAAUUCGAUCGGCCGUCUGAUAUUUGCGUGAGAAAACUCGAGAAAGAAUGUCCCGAUCUAAAUGGAUUGUUAGAGAAGAUGUGUUCGGACGAAAGAACGGCGCGAACGGAUGCUGACCGUUUCAAAACGACGUAUCAAGCGCAUUAUAGUGAUCCCGCAGCUGCACGUAUGACACAACGUGACCUAUCACGGGCGAUCAUACAUACGGGCGAUCAGCAACUGCAAUGUCGUAUGCCAAUAAAGAUAACGAUAGAGACUGAUUGCCCGCCGCAUUGUCAACCCUCUUCUUCGAGAGUAAACGCAAACUUAAGGCAUGAUUACAAGCGGAAGAAUGGAUCCAAACGCGGAAAGAGAUGCGAGAUUGGCAGCAAAAUACAGACGUCGUUGCCAUCCUGGAAGACCGAGUACCAAGACAGCAUUAGCAAAAUCGGCAACGCCAUUAUGCGAGUUAAAUUACAUCACGCGAAGAAGAAAACUUUCCCACUGCAGUAUCAACGCUGUAUAUCCGAUUAAAAAGAAAAUUGCAAUUAGUUGUCAAUCUGAAUAAAACGAUGUAAAAAGCUAAAA